CUCCGCCCAUUCAGGAACAUACAUUUCCGCUGUAGAUGAAAGAGUUUCUAGACCAGAAGUGUAUUAAUUCUGAUCACAUUGAUCACUAAUCGGUUGAUGACAGCGGAUCUGUCAUGUCGAGUCGCGCUUUGCGAAGGUUGAAGGGCGAGCAGCGCGCGCAGGCUGCGUUACAGGAGCUCGAGCUGUCAGACGAAGAGCGCAUGAAAAGCGACGCACACAAGCUGAAGAACAACACCAGUAACAUAUUUGAGCUGAUCGGAGAUGCAGAUGGAUGUACAUCAGAUGAGGAGAUUGCAGAGAGAGGACACGAAGGAGCCCAGUUAAAGAAAGACUAUGUGAAGAACGAAAAGUCCAACAAAAAGAAAAAGAAGAAGAAAAAGGCUUCAGCUGAGAAUGGAAAGGAGGUCGCAGCUGCAGAAGAUGACAUUGACGCUUUAUUAGAGACACUAGAGAAGAGCAAAGGCCUGUCACAUCAGAACACGGACAGCAACGUCUCUGAACACAGACCUCUUCUGUAUGUGGAACACAGGAAUCUCAAUCCUGAGACAGAGCUAAAGAGAUUUUUUGGAGCACGAGCUGUGCUGGGAGACCAGAGAGUGAAACAGAGGCAGAGGCAGUUUCAUCGCUGCACUUGGAUGACUGUUCCUAAAGACACAUGGCCACGAUUCAGUCGACCAGGUAUUUCUAUGAGUCUAGUGGAGUCUAAAGACGGACUCCAGCAUUUCACCUUUGAGCAUAAUCGUGACUACCAACAAGUCCAGUUUAAGUUUUUUGAUGCGGUGGAGUCCAUGGACCCAAAUAACAUUGUGGUCCUCUUGCAACUCAACCCAUUUCAUAUUGAUUCACUGCUGCAGCUCUCAGAUGUAUGUCACAUGCAGGAUGAUCAGGAGACUGCCAGAGACCUCAUCGAAAAGGCUUUAUAUUGUUUUGAGUGUGCAUUCCACCCUGUGUUCAGCCUGACGUCUGGCAUUUGUCGACUAGACUAUCGCAGACCAGAAAACAGGGCAUUUUAUUUGGCUCUUUUUAAACAUGUGAUGUUUCUGGAGAAGAGAGGUUGUCCUCGGACAGCCCUGGAGUACUGCAAACUGAUCUUGAGUCUGGAUCCAGAUAAUGACCCCCUCUGUAUGCUUCUACUCUUUGACUUUCUGUGUUUGCGCUGUCGCGAAUACACCACUUUCAUCCGACUCAAUGAGGAAUGGGAGGUCCAUCGAAAUCUGUCCCAGCUGCCAAACUUUUCCUUUUCCGUGGCUCUUUCCCACUAUCACCUCAGCCAACAGGAAGACAUUUCACCUGAGGAGAGCCAACAGCUGAGACAGAAAGCUGAUGUACUUCUGCAAAAUGCUCUUAUUAUGUUUCCCGGAGCACUGAUGCCCCUUUUGGACUUGUGCACGGUUCAGCCUGACGCUGCCGUGUCCUCUCAUGGGUUCUUUGGUCCUAAAAGCCAAUUAGGGCAGCUGCCCGCUUUGUCCGAGUUAGUGUUUCUGUAUGUGGGCCGUUGUCACAGUCUGUGGAAAGAUGCUGGACUGAUGCUUUGGUUGGAGGAGAACGUGGAGAAGGUGUUGAAGAGAGUCGACACACAAGAUCCUUAUGUGGAGGAAUGCCAAAACAAAAGGAAGCUGAGAUACCAGAGUGCUCCCAGAAACAUCCAUAGACAUGUGAUGAUAUCUGAAAUCAAGGAAGCGACAGCUACUCUUCCUCUAGAAGUGACCACACAGCCAGGAAUGGGUUUUGACCCCCUCCCUCCGCUGGACUCCAUUAUGUCUUACACCAGGCCAGAAAGGCAGAAUGCUGGAGCCUCCAAUGAAAGCACUUUAUCUCUGUUCUUCCGUUCACUGCUGCCCAACUUCAACAUGCAGGGGACUGAGGAUGGACAGGAAGUGGCUCGUGCUGGGCGGGAAUUAAACCAGGAAGUGAAUCGACUGAUGGUGGCCAUGCGGGACAUGUUGGCUAACAUCCAGUUUCGUGAACCGCAGUGGGAGGACAAUCCUGACCGAGACGAUGAGGAAUGGGACUGAUGGAUCAGUGGGGAUGCAAUAAAUUGACUGGGAAAAAUUAAAUGAGUGAAUAAUUCACAUUGUAGAUGAAAAGAGGAAUUGUGUGUUUAUGAGAUGGUCUUCCUGUGCAAAAAAGUGAGUCUUUCUUGACCUCUGUUUUCCUUAAACCUAAAAAUCCACCUAAAAAUCCUUAAAGCAGGUUUUAAAACAAAAUUGUUGAAGCUUUAAAAAUUGUUGCCUGUGGAGUUUUAUACAAUGUGCUGUUUUAGCCAGAAAGCUAGAUUUCUGCAGAUCCAGUAGAGACUCUCUAUGAUACGUAGUUUGGAGGUGUCAAAUCAUACAUAUUUUGUAAUGUUAAAAUUGUUAAUGCUACCAUUGACAUCAAACAGAUUUCAUGAUGCAAAAGUUGAUCACUGCUUCAAAAAUAUAGUGUUUUUAAAAUAUAUCCAGAGUUGAUUUCAUCUUGUGAAGGAAUAAAAAUCUUUGAAUCUC